CGCUAGUGUCAAAUAAGACGGAAUUCUAUAAAAUAUUUAUUAAUUUAAUAUUAGAAGACAUCUAGAUCUAGAUUCUAUAAUAUAUUACAUUCAUUAGUUUAAAUUAGCAUUAGACAUUGGAUUAUUUAUAUCUAUAAUAGAUCAACGUUAUUUUCCAACUAAUCAAGCAUGUCUUUAUUCAGAGCUCGGGUGUUGGCAGCACUUAGAAAUGUUCAUCGGGCUAAAAGAGAGGUUUUUAAUGGUGAUGAUCAUGCAAUGAAAGUGACCACCAAUAAAAUAAGAGAGGAAUUUAGAAAAAAUAUGACUUUGUCAGAUCCUACCAAAUUAGAAGAGGCUAUUACGAUAGCUAAUGAUGCAGCCAUGCUAUUGCGCACAACAGUUGUUCAACUUAGACAAAAAAACCAAGACACAUUUGAAUUACGGCUGACAAAAAACACAGCCCUGCCAAAGAACACACCAUAUGAUCCAUCAAAAGAGAUACCUUUACGUCACAGGGGGAAAAAUUGUUCUGAAGCUGGGUCUUAUUCAGAUUCAUAGUUUUUACUUAAAAUAGUGUUGUAUUAUAAUUUAUAAUGUACAUAAAACUGUGACUUUUAUAAAAAGCUAUUUUGUCAAUGAUCAUGAAUUUUAAGGUAUGUUUACUUAUUUAAAUACAUAUGAUAAACCAUUAUUUAUAAAGUAUGUGCACACCUAAUUGCUCUCUCUGUAAGAGUGUGUAACGAAAGUGGGCAUGAGAGGUAUUCUAAGGUAUAGAAAAGAUGUUGCUUGUAUGGGUAUGUUUGACUUGAAUAUUAAUAAAGUACAUUAAAAAAACAACCUUAUUUCUAAAGAUAGUAUUUAUAAUUAUGCCCAGUUUACUUGUAAUAAUAUUGUUAAGCUCUUUUAAGUGCAUGUUUAAAAAAUUUCUAGAUAUUAAUUGGUUGCAUAUACAUUUGAGUUCAACACAAAUAAAUGACAACUUAUCAUUUAGCUAAAGGUGUAGCUCCCAAGUUGCUUUAGAAAUGUUCUGUACUGUGUUUAACAAAAACUGCAUAAAUCUAGUGUAUUAAUUAAAUAAAA